AAGUUAAUCGGCGCGCAAGCAAGCAUUCGAAAUUGCAUCAUUCACUAUCCGUCUUAAUUCAUAUCUUUCGACAACCACCGUUCUCAGAAGAUGUCAUCAAUCAUUGAGAUCACAACUGAAAGGCAAGUCAAGCGAAUGAAACGAGGAGACGACAGCCAUCAGUCACAGGCUCGCAACUCAACCAAUAACUCUCAAUUCUCCAGCGUACCACGUCCAGAUCCACCGAUGCCAAUUGCCGAUUACUUCGAUUUCUGUCACAUCAGCGAAGAGGCGGUCAAUAAACACCUGGCCAAAUUUUGCCGAGAGCAGCACAUCGAUCGAUAUGAACUCUUUGAAUGCUCUGACGUCAUGUCAAAGUUUCGUAUAUACUACGAUGCACCAUGUGGUCUUGUUAUCAUACUCAAGAAGAACGUUUCGGCCUAUCGCGAGUACUUACAAGCACUGAAAGAGCAAGAAUCGUCCUCACAAGCAUUGACUCUCAGAAGAAAUAAAUGAUCGACUUGUUAUCGGAUCGUCAAUAUCUUACAAUGCGCAACAAGUCCCCCGCUAGAGUCUUGAGUAACAUGAUAACUUGUGGAUUCGGUUGAGAAAUGCAAAAGCAAAGAAAAUCUGUUUUUUAAGUGCUGUUUAUAGAUGCGAGGUUGCGCACUUGGUGCAAGAUCAUUAUCGUACUCCACCUCAAUCGGAUGGCAAGAUAUGUUUCAAGACAUGGGUUUGGGAGUUUUGUGAUUUGAUAAUGUUUGACUUGGGAAUCAUGAACACACUCAAAAGAAAAAAAUGAUGGCUCUGAAUGAGAACACCAUAACUUGAAGUUUCAUGUACAGAUGGUAAAGUUAUACUUUCAAUUCCAACUCUGUUACUUUUUCGUGGGUGGUUUAACGUCGAGAACCUGUCCUUUUCUUUCUCAUUUUCGAUUUAACAUGGUUUGAAGCAAUACAUAGGUCUUCGCCGUCCUUCAAUUUCUACACCGCUGG